AUGAAGUUCUACAUUGAUGACUUGCCUGUCAUUUUUCCUUAUCCUAGGAUAUACCCGGAGCAGUAUGCGUACAUGUCAGAUAUCAAGAAGUCUUUAGACGUGGGUGGCAACUGCAUUCUAGAGAUGCCUUCUGGUACCGGCAAAACCAUUUCAUUGCUUUCAUUAACUGUUGCCUACCAAAUGCAUUAUCCUGAACAUCGAAAAAUUGUAUAUUGCUCCCGUACCAUGUCAGAGAUCGAGAAAGCACUUAUAGAGCUACAAAAUCUAAUGGAUUACCGUUCCAACGAACUUGGGUACGUGGAAGACUUUCGCGGGUUGGGGCUCACGAGUAGAAAGAAUCUUUGUUUGCAUCCUACUAUUUCAAAAGAGAGAAAAGGCGCUGUGGUGGACGAGAAAUGCCGCCGAGUCACCAAUGGCCAAUUGAAACAGAAACUUGAAGAGCAGAGCAUCACGCCUGAAGAAAUGACUCAAAAAGCCGACGAGCUUGGGCUUUGCUCUUUUCAUGAAAAACUAUACGAUUUUGAUCAACAUGAUCUCAUCCCUGCGGGUGUGUACUCAUUUGAGUCAUUGAUAAAAUACUGCAAGCAACAAGGCACUUGUCCUUAUUUUACCGUAAGAAGAAUGCUUUCUUUUUGCAAUGUUGUCAUUUACUCGUAUCACUAUUUGCUUGAUCCUAAAAUUGCAGAGCGUGUUUCGAAGGAGCUCAGCAAGGAUAGCAUUGUUAUCUUCGAUGAAGCUCAUAACAUUGACAACGUUUGUAUUGAGUCCCUAUCUUUGUAUCUCACUGAUGAUACAUUGAAACGUGCUGGACGUGGUGCUAACAAAUUGGCUGAUGCAGUUGAUGUAAUGAAAGCCCAAGACAACGAAAAACUCAAAAACGAAUAUGAGAAGUUGGUGGAAGGUCUCCGACAGAAUGAAAUUGCGAGAGACGAGGAGCUCUUCAUGGCUAACCCGGUUCUUCCCCAAGAUCUUCUAGAUGAAGCUAUUCCAGGUAAUAUUCGAAAAGCUGAACACUUCAUUUCAUUUUUGAAACGCUUUGUGGAGUACCUCAAGACAAGGAUGAAGGUAUUGCAUGUCAUAAGCGAGACGCCAGUUAGUUUCUUGCAGCAUUUGAAAGAGUUAACUUUUAUUGACCGCAAGCCAUUGCGGUUCUGUUCGGAGAGGUUAUCUCUUCUUGUACGAACACUUGAAUUGGCAGACGUGGAAGAUCUCAAUGCUUUGAAAGACGUGGCAACGUUUGCGACAUUGGUAUCCACUUACGAGACAGGGUUUCAAUUAAUUUUAGAACCUUUUGAAACCGAAGGCUCAACGGUGCCAAAUCCAAUUCUACAUUUCACAUGCUUAGAUGCUUCGAUUGCUAUUAAACCCGUUUUCGACCGUUUUUCGUCUGUGAUCAUAACUUCUGGAACAAUUUCGCCUUUAGACAUGUAUCCGAAAAUGCUUAAUUUUCAGACCGUGGUUCAGGAGUCAUACACCAUGACUUUAGAUCGCAGAUCAUUUUUGCCAAUGAUUGUCACCAAAGGCUCCGAUCAAACUUCAAUCUCCUCUAGAUUUGAGAUUAGGAACGACCCAUCUGUUGUGCGCAAUUACGGCUCCUUGCUUAUUGAAUUUUCAAAAUGCACCCCAGACGGUAUGGUGGUCUUUUUUCCUUCAUACCUUUAUAUGGAGUCGAUUAUCUCCAUGUGGCAAACCAUGGGAAUUCUUGAUGAAGUUUGGAAGUACAAAUUGAUCUUGGUCGAAACACCAGAUGCCCAAGAGACCUCUUUGGCACUAGAAACAUAUAGAAAGGCAUGCUCAAACGGUAGAGGUGCAGUUUUACUUUCAGUUGCACGUGGAAAAGUGUCCGAGGGUAUCGAUUUUGAUCAUCACUACGGACGUACAGUUUUGAUGAUUGGUAUCCCUUUCCAGUACACGGAGUCCAGAAUUUUGAAAGCAAGAUUAGAAUUCAUGCGUGAUCAUUUCCAAAUCAAAGAGAAUGACUUCCUCUCUUUCGAUGCGAUGAGACAUGCUGCUCAGUGCUUAGGCCGUGUCUUACGUGGAAAGGACGAUUAUGGUAUUAUGGUUUUAGCGGACCGGAGAUUCAAGAACAAGAAAGGACAACUACCCAAGUGGAUUGCGCAAGCGCUUUACGAUUCAGACACGAACAUGUCUACAGAUAUGGCAUUAGCUGCGGCGAAAAAGUUUUUGAGGAAUUUAUCUCAGCCAUCAAACCCUCAGGAUCAGGAAGGAGUUUCUGUGUGGAAUCUUGAGCAGCUCGAAGCUCAUCAAAAACAGCAACAAAGUACUCUGGAUAGGCCUGGAGUCGAACCGAAACCCCGACAAGACGACUUUGAACAGCAAGAUGAUGACUUUAUGGAUAUUGAUGAUGCUGAUCUCGACUUUUUGUAG